AUGGAUAUAUACGAAGAAAAUUUGUUACGAUUAAAUAAAAAGAUACGCGAGUUAAUGAGUCAUAUAGACACAUUGGAGACAAAAAACCAAAAGCUGCUGCAGGAAAACAGUGUGCUCGUGGAUGAUGUAGCAAACUUUCGAGUUCAACACGCAAUUGCCGAAGAGGGCCGACUGCGGUGUAAAUCAGUGCUCGAGAAGGAAAUGGCUCGCAGCAGCGAACAGUUCGAGGCGCAGAAAUUGCUCAAGAAGCGAUACAACGAUUUAAUCAAAGAGUAUGUAGCCCAGAACCAAAAGCUACGAACUUACGAAAGUCAAGAUAACGCUAAACCGGUGCUAGAGAACCGGAAAAGAGUUCCGGUCGAGAUAAUAGGAACGCUCUCUGAUAUCGGAAAACCUAAAGCCCAUGAGGAAAAAGUGGCUGCCCUGGAAAACCGAUGUGCCAAGUUGGAAAAGGAGCUUUACAAAGCAUACGCCAUUAUUGACGACUUGGAGUUUGAUCUUGAAUCGAUUGACCAUCUGGAAGAAACGAAUCAACGGUUGGAGAAACAAAUUCGAGAACUUAAAGCUGAACUUGCGCAGGGUUGUCGUUGCGCUCCGCCCACACCAACAAGCGCCAACAGCGUGUCUUCACCUCUGCCCGGUGAUUCAAUAUACACUUUCGAAAGUAUCGAAACAACCGAACACGGCUCCCAGCAGGAUGAAUCAAAGGAAAAUAAAGAGGUAAAAUAUACAGAGCAGACUAAUGCUGACGACACGCUCUCAAAUUACCUGUCAGGAAGUGAGGAGCAAGAACAUAUCUAUAGUAAUAUUACACGUUCUACAUCGAAUACAGACGAAAGUGAGUUAGCUGCAAAUUCCACGCUAUAA